UCUUCUUGUCUGCUCCGUAUUUGUUUAGUGAUGGCAUCAAUAAUCGUUUUUCUUGCCAUUUCGUGAUUGUCAUUUAUUGAGGAUGAUAUAAAUAAUUGGUGAUGGGUGGGUGAAACGGAUAAAAUAUAAUGAUUUUUAAUUUUUAUGGUAUAAUUGGUCUCUGUUAAAUGCUAUCAUGGGGGAGGCUGUCCCAAAAAAUAAAAAUAAAAAUAAUUAACUUCAGUUGCAGAGAGUGAGCGAGCGAGCCACCGAGCGAGCGAGAAAGAGAUGGAAGUUGGUUUUCUAGGUCUGGGGAUAAUGGGCAAGGCUAUGUCCUUGAAUCUACUACGCCAUGGCUUCAAGGUCACUGUCUGGAACAGAACCCUCUCUAAGUGUGAUGAACUCGUCCAACAUGGAGCUUCAAUUGGAGAAACCCCUGCUGCUGUAGUUAAGAAAUGCAAGUAUACAAUUGCAAUGUUAUCUGAUCCUUCAGCUGCUCUAUCGGUGGUGUUUGACAAAGAUGGCGUUCUAGAGCAAAUUAAUAAUGGAAAGGGUUACAUUGACAUGUCAACUGUUGAUGCUGAUACUUCUUUCAAAAUAUCUGAGGUCAUUACUUCAAGAGGAGGUCGCUUCCUUGAAGCUCCAGUUUCAGGUAGCAAGAAGCCUGCAGAAGAUGGCCAACUUGUAAUACUUGCUGCUGGGGACAAGGCAUUGUAUGAUGAAGUACUUCCAACGUUUGAUGUAUUGGGGAAGAAGUCUUUCUUCCUAGGUGAGGUUGGAAAUGGUGCAAAAAUGAAACUUGUCGUUAACAUGACAAUGGGCAGUAUGAUGAAUGCUUUCGCAGAGGGACUCAUGCUAGCUGGAAGAAGUGGUUUGAACCCUCAAACUCUUCUUGACGUGCUGGAUCUUGGUGCCAUUAGCAACCCCAUGUUUAGAUUGAAAGGACCAACAAUGCUCCAGAACAAUUACACCCCUGCUUUUCCACUGAAACAUCAGCAGAAGGAUAUGAGAUUGGCUCUUGCCCUUGGGGAUGAAAAUGCUGUAUCAAUGCCUGUUGCAGCUGCUUCUAACGAGGCUUUCAAGAAAGCAAGAAGCUUGGGGUUGGGAGACCUUGACUUUUCAGCCGUCUUUGAAACUCUAAAGCCUCAUGGACCUUAUUCAUCUUAAUGUACAAUCACAUCCAUUGCUAAUGCAAUUUCAAUAAAUAGUGAUUGAUUUGAUGCAGCAAGAAUAGAAUGGUUAUACAUAAGAAAGACAAUGGAUUUAGAAGAGACAAUGACUGGUUUUUAUGUGUCGACUCGGAGCAUUCUUAAUGAGCUUGGCUUGUCACUCUCUC